AUGACCAAAAUUGUCAUCAAAGGAAAACGCCUGUAUAUAGGACUUGCCGCUAGAUUUACAACGAGACUGCACUUCUUCCUUUACAAUGAAUCACUUCCUCCCAUUCAUAAAUUGAGGGGUAUGCUUACUCUAACUAGCACCGUUUGCCGUUCGAGCCCCUUCUUUGAUUCCCCUUACAAUCUACCCAAAGAUGAAGACAGUAUACUGUCUAUCGCUUUGAAUCCCAUAAUUGCUCUAGAGUUUCUCAAUAGGGCCCUUUUAGCCCCACAACGUAUUUCACUUAUUAUGUUGCUGGAGCUUGCCGCUUCUUCUCUUCCUCCUGAGAAUCAGGCCUUCACUCUACUAAGUCUAGCGAUAAAGAGUUACCAUCCGCUUCUCGCCUCUAGGAGCUCAAUCUGUCUUCCUCUCCCUCCUCACAUCCUCGCUUUAGCAAUGCUAUUGCCGUGCAAACCGGCAACAGCUAAGCCGACUACGAAAAUAUCCCGGGAUAAAUUCAAAAAGAAGAGUCCAGUAAAACCUAGCAGAUGCAGUGUUCUCACCAAGCUCAAGACUAAGGGAACAUUGCUUCAGUUGGUACCACUGGCGUUAAGCAGUGUUUGGAUGAAGAUCUUCGAGGAUCGGAAUCUUCAAGUGAAAGAAAAAGAUGAAGGCGCCCCAAGGAUUCCAAUGUACUUUUCCAAGAGAGUAAGCAGAUCUCUCGAUGAGACCACAUUUCUUCCGUUCCACUUGGACGCCCUCUCUUAUCACAGCAGCAAUAUGCCGCUGAGGCGGACCAUUUGCUUCGUAGCCUUGACCCAGCUUCUCCUCCUUGCCCAACGACAAGAAUUUACGGACGCUUAUUUUGUAUCUCUUAUCCUUGGCUAUGAUAGCUAUGUAGAACCUCCAAAUCUAACAGACAUGGCUUUGAAAGGGAUAAAUUUUAUAACAGAAUUACAAUUGUCUUUUCGCAAUCGUGCUGAAGCUUUCGAUUGGAAUAAGAAAAUAUGGUUCCAGGAUCUCAAACUACUAAACGAGCAAGCGGAGCUUACCAUUGAGCGGACGCUUACUGACAGAAAACGACGCAGUUUCUCUGAAGUAUCAGUGUGGAACUCGCUAUUACUAGAUGUUCUCGAGAGUACGCCUGUGUCAACAUCUAUCUUCACACAAACAUUCUCGGCUCAUGAUUUACUGCCAGAAGCUAGCGAUCCUGGUAUGCGCUUGCUUACACACCUUCAUAUAAUCCCCCCUUUCAAAUUCACUGCCUUUGGCGCAUACCCCUACAAUUUUAGUCUCGAGCACCCAAGUACCCAAGCGUAUAACAUUGAUGGUAGCCCUCUAACACCGGUUGAAGAGCCCUCUCAUCAAGCAAUAUUCUACGAAACCACCAUAACCGACAUCAGAGGCACAAUUCAGAAUCUUAUGUACCACUUAUUCCUUCUCUUUCUGCAUUGCAAGGAGGCCUAUAUAAUCACAUAUACAUUAUUUACUUUACCAGUUUCAGCCUCGGAACAUCACGAUUGA